AUGACGUCAGUUGGCGAUCGAGCGACGACGACGACAACGGCAACACCGACGGCGACGACGUCCACUGAGACGCGAUCGUCCGCCGCGAAGACUCCACCUCUUCUGAUCAUCUCGACACAUACCCCAUCAAUAGAUCCAUGCGACGUAAACACCAGCCAAACUCCAAGAUCUCAACCAUCUAGUCCACCAAACGAAGCCAAUCCAAACAGCCAAGAAACCACCUAUAGAUCAAUGCUCAACAUACCUUUUCUGGCGACGACCAUCUCCAACAUCCUGAAAAAAGACUUCAAAAACAUAAAAAUAGCCAGACGAAAUUUCAAAUCAACAAAAUCCCUGCUGAAACCAGUUGAAGAUCCAGUGCUUCCAUAUGACCAACACAACGUCGUAUACAACAUUCCAUGUAACGAUUGCGAUCAAGUUUAUAUUGGUAUGACCACCAACAAUUUAAAAAAACGUAUCAGUGGACACAGAUCCGACAUAAACAAGAUUAGCAAUAGCCCAGAAAAUAACAUACACGCCAAAACAGCCCUCAUCCAACAUAUGAUAAACAAUCAACCCCCAAUCAAUCUAGACAACACACAAAUAAUAGAUCGUACAUUUCGACAAACUGCUCUACCAAUAUUAGAAAUGUGUCAUAUUCAAAACACACCUAAUACAGUAAUGUACCGUACUGAUGUGGAGGGUCUGAAUAUAACAUACGCAGGUAUACUCCACACUGUUAAAGCCAAUUCCUUUCGCAAGGAAUUGCUCACCACCACACUAGAUAAGAAAGUGUAA